AUGUCUACAUCGAAUCAACCAGUCAUCACAGUCUCCCAGAUCUCUUUUCGCUCCCCUACAAUAUCAACUGCGGAACAAUAUCAAAAUCAACUUUCAGUCCUUGAUUCUUUUCAUAAUGAAUAUAAACUGUCCAUUAUCCGUCUGAAAGAUUGCAUUCAGCACCAUAGAUGGUCUCAAGAUCCUCUGACUAUGUUCUCUCUACCAAUAGGUAGAGCAAUUGAAUAUGCGAAUCUUGUUCAAUCUCCUCCUUCUACUAGACCGGAUCAAUCUCUCCAAGAAAGGGCAAAAGUGUUGAUAGACUAUACCAAAAAAUAUGAUUACAACAUUUCACAUUGUUUUGGUACACGAGAAGGAUUAGACGAUGACAUGGAAGAAAAUCACUCCAAUAUGAUCACCAGAUAUUAUGGUAUUGAUCUUCUCUGGGGAUCAGAAGUUUUAGAAAGAGCUACUGAGAUAGUUUCAGAUACGGAGAAAGAAGCUAAUGAAAUUUACAUUCGUUCCCUAACAGCAGAUACAACCGCUGAGGAAUACCAAGCUGUCAAAGAUCUCAAGAGGGAAGCCACAAUGAUGAAAGAACAUCUUGAAGAUUUAGAAAAUCGUAUCGAACAUCAAUAUGGUAGCUCAGACGACGAGAAAAAAACUCUGAAAGCAACGGUCGAAAGGAUUAUCGAACUUAAUGAUAGGAGUACAAAACCAGCAAUUGUCACUGAAGAAAUGAUGGGUUCGUUGGAUAAUUGUCAAGUGUCAAGGGAUGACUUCGAUAUAGGAUUCGGUAUGAUGCCAGGUAAACAAUGGACGGGAACUUAUUUUGAGCUCAAAAGAUUCCUGAGUGAUAGACAAGAAAGGGCGGGAAUGGGAAAGACAGGUGUUCUUACCACUUCUCAAUUUGCCGCUUUGGUAGGAGAAGGAAAUUUGCCUUCUGGACGGAUAGUGUCUGAGAUGAAUGUGUCGACAGGAAGUUUCGAUAGCUCUCGAGGACAAAAUGGUGGGAGUGGUGGAGCUUCGAGGGAGAAGAAACAGGUGGAAGGGAAGUCCAAAUCUGGGAAAGGAAAGAAAAGGGAGUCAUCAAAUUCUGGUCUGGUGGAAUCUUCCGUUCCUCAGAUGAGAGGACGUGGACGAACGGACCCAAAGUCGGCUACCAGUCCCUCUAUUGUGGUAGAGGAGAUGCCAAAUCAAGUGACUGGUUCAAUGGAAUCCGAAGAGCUCCCUGGAAGUCAUACCCAAGGGUCAAAUCAAGAACAAGAACAAGAGAUCAAGUCAACACGGGAGGAUGACCAUACUAUUUUGAUCAAGAAGCUACAACAUGAUAUGGAAGAAUGGACAAACCUCAUAUCGUCUCCUGUUGUGACCGCGGAUCUCACCUCUCCUGUGGUUGGUAUGGGAUGUAAGAUCUUCAGCCAGCUUUCUCAACUCCGUCAAUCCCAUCUUUCUCCCUCAAACGAAGAGGAUGAAAACAUUGGAUAUGACGCUUUGAAUUCAAAAGUGGGAGAAAGUACAAACCGUCUCUUAGAUGAUCUUGAAAAAGCUCAUACUCAGAUUGAUGAUCUGUCCAUGAGGUUCAAAGGUGAAAAAGAAGCCAAUGAGGUAUUACAAGUUUUCAAAACAAAGACUAAUUGGAUGAUCUCACGUCUCAGGCAAAGUGUCACAACCAACCAGCUGGCAUUUAGUUUACCUCCGACCAUUGUGGUCAAUGGUAAGAAACCUCAACCGGAAGCUAUAUGUAAGAAGUUGAAGAAUCAAAUUAGUAAGCUUUCUGAUGAUCAAUCAAAGGUAAACACCUUGGAGAAUUAUGUCCAAUGGAGAACAUCACAUGAUGAGUCAAGCACGGAAACUGUCGUGCCAAUACGGACUUCAAAUGAUGAGAUCGCUGGAUCUGAGGGAGACGGUGAAAGCGAAGAGGAUCAAAAUCCGGAUGGAGAGUUAUGGAGAAAAGCACACGAAAGAUUUGCCAUGGCAAGUCAAUCUCUCAAGAAACUCAGUGAAGCGAGGUAUUCUCUAAAUCCCAACAACAACGACUUUACCGCCAUCAAAAAGAUUCUUCAAGAGGCUAAAUCCCUCUAUACGGACUCAAAAAGAGAUUAUGAAGCUACUAAGGGCGAUCUGGAGACACGAAAAAGGGAAAGGAGUGAAUGGAAAGAUUCGGUGAUUGGUGAAGGACGGACCUACAUCAGUUGGAGAGCUCUAUUCUUUGAGAAUAAUGUCACUAGUAAGUACUGGGAGUCUGAAGCUAUGUUGAAAAGAGAGCUAGAUCGGUUUUCAAGUAAAACGGAAGAGACUUUGAAGAAGGUUGAGACGAUCCUAACUGAGAACGUGGAGGGGAAGUCCGCGUUGAGGAAGAGUAAGAAGGGAUUGAGGGAGUUGAGGGAGGUUCUGAAUGUUGGAUUCACAUGUUGA